AUGGCUGCCGUUGCCAUGACACCCAACCCUGUGCAGACCCUUCAGGAGGAGGCGGUGUGCGCCAUCUGCCUCGAUUACUUCACGGACCCCGUGUCCAUCGGCUGCGGGCACAACUUCUGCCGAGUGUGUGUAACCCAGUUGUGGGGAGGGGAAGAUGAGGAGGACAGGGACGAGUUAGACCGGGAAGAGGAAGAGGAGGACGGAGAGGAGGAGGAGGUGGAGGCUGUGGGGGCCGGUGGAGGGUGGGACACCCCCAUGAGGGAUGAAGACUAUGAGGGCGACAUGGAGGAGGAGGUCGAGGAGGAAGAGGAGGGUGUGUUCUGGACCAGUGGCAUGGGCGGGUCCAACUGGGACAACAUGGACUAUGUGUGGGAGGAGGAGGACGAGGAGGAAGAUUUGGACUACUACUUGGGGGACAUGGAGGAGGACCUGAGAGGGGAGGAUGAGGAGGACGAGGAGGAAGUGCUGGAGGAGGACGAGGAAGAGGAGUUAGACCCCGUCACCCCACUGCCCCCGCCUCCAGCCCCUCGGAGGUGCUUCACCUGCCCCCAGUGCCGAAAGAGCUUUCCCAGGCGGAGCUUCCGCCCCAACCUGCAGCUGGCCAACAUGGUCCAGGUGAUUCGACAGAUGCACCCAACUCCUGGUCGAGGGAGCCGUGGGAACGAGCAGGGCAUUUGUCCCAAACACCAGGAAGCCCUGAAGCUCUUCUGCGAGGUGGAUGAAGAGGCCAUAUGUGUGGUGUGUCGAGAAUCCAGGAGCCACAAACAGCACAGCGUGGUGCCAUUGGAGGAGGUGGUGCAGGAGUACAAGAACCACUCAUCCUGUGCAACAACCACUGCCUUUUGUACUCUUCUCUGGGCCAAACUGCAGGGGCAUGUGGAACCACUGAGGAAGCAUCUAGAGGCUGUGCAGAAGAUGAAGGCCAAGGAGGAGAGGCGGGUGACAGAACUGAAGGUGGUAUCCACCAUCCCCUUUGCAUCAUCCCAGAGCCAGAUGAAGUCAGAGCUGGCAGCUGUGGCCUCGGAGUUCGGGCGGCUGACACGGUUUCUGGCUGAAGAGCAGGCAGGGUUGGAGCGGCGCCUCCGAGAGAUGCACGAAGCCCAGCUAGGGCGUGCAGGAGCAGCGGCCAGCCGCCUGGCGGAGCAGGCUGCCCAGCUGAGCCGCCUGCUGGCGGAGGCCCAGGAGCGGAGCCAGCAGGGGGGCCUGCGGCUGCUCCAGGACAUCAAGGAGACUUUCAAUAGGUGUGAAGAGGUACAGCUGCAACCCCCAGAGGUCUGGUCCCCUGACCCGUGUCAGCCCCAUAGCCAUGACUUCUUGACAGAUGCCAUCGUGAGGAAAAUGAGCCGGAUGUUCUGUCAGGCUGCCCGAGUGGACCUGACGCUGGACCCUGACACGGCUCACCCGGCCCUGAUGCUCUCCCCUGACCGCCGGGGGGUCCGCCUGGCAGAGCGGCGGCAGGAGGUUGCUGACCAUUCCAAGCGCUUCUCAGCCGACUGCUGCGUAUUGGGGGCCCAAGGCUUCCGCUCUGGGCGGCACUACUGGGAGGUAGAGGUGGGAGGGCGGCGGGGUUGGGCGGUGGGCGCUGCCCGUGAAUCGACCCAUCAUAAGGAGAAGGUGGGCUCUGGGGGAUCCUCUUUGGGCAGUGGGGAUGCCAGCUCCUCACGCCAUCACCAUCGCCGCCGCCGGCUCCACCUACCCCAACAGCCCCUGCUCCAGCGCGAAGUGUGGUGUGUGGGCACCAAUGGCAAACGCUACCAGGCACAGAGCUCAACGGAGCAGACACUGCUGAGCCCAAGUGAGAAACCACGGCGCUUUGGCGUGUACCUGGACUAUGAGGCUGGGCGCCUAGGCUUCUACAAUGCGGAGACUCUAGCCCACGUGCAUACCUUCUCAGCUGCUUUCCUGGGCGAGCGUGUCUUCCCUUUCUUUCGAGUGCUCUCCAAGGGUACUCGUAUCAAGCUAUGCCCUUGA